AUGAGCUCACAGCAAAGCCCCGCUGCUCUGCAGCCCACCGUGGACCGCGAGAAGGUCUACGCGUGGAUAGUCGAAUUGUCGAAUCCGGAGACGCGGGAGAACGCUCUGCUCGAGCUGAGUAAGAAGCGCGAAGUGGUACCCGACUUGGCGCCGUUGCUGUGGCAUUCGUUCGGUACGGCCGCUUCUCUACUCCAGGAGAUCAUCACCAUCUACCCGGCGAUCAAUCCAGCAACUCUGACAGCUUAUCAGAGUAACCGGGUGUGCAAUGCUCUGGCGCUCUUGCAGUGUGUCGCCAGCCAUCCAGAAACGAGAUCAGCAUUUUUACAGGCUCAUGUACCCUUGUUCUUGUAUCCGUUUCUGCACACUGUAAGCAAGACAAGACCGUUCGAGUAUUUAAGACUGACAAGUCUUGGAGUAAUUGGUGCUUUAGUAAAAACAGAUGAACAGGAAGUGAUAACUUUCCUGCUUACUACUGAGAUUAUUCCAUUGUGUCUUAGGAUCAUGGAAAGCGGUUCUGAACUAAGCAAAACAGUGGCUACAUUUAUCUUACAGAAGAUACUGUUAGAUGACAGUGGACUGUCUUACAUCUGUCAGACAUACGAUAGAUUUAGCCACGUAGCUAUGAUUCUGGGAAAAAUGGUAUUAUCCCUUGCUAAGGAUCCAUCAGGGAGGUUACUUAAACAUGUCAUUAGGUGCUAUUUAAGACUUUCUGAUAACCCUAGGGCACUUCUUGCCCUAAGACAGUGUUUACCGGAUCAACUGAGGGACAGCACGUUCGCAACGUGCCUGCAAGACGAUGCUUCGACCAAACUUUGGUUGAAUCAGCUUCUGAAGAAUCUAGAGAACGGUCCGCAACCAGGUCCUCCGACUCAACCGGGCCAGCAGGAUCCCCGAACGAUCGGGAUGUCUCCACUCACCUCCUGAACUUGUCAGUUGAAGAUACCACCGGAAUUUGUGAACUUAGGUUUAAUCUCACAACAGAUUCUGAACGCGCCUCUACAUAAAUCAUGCUAAAUCCCUUUGAGCGCGCGCGAUAAUUAACGGUCAUGUCCAUGUGCACACCGUUUGUGGUUGAAAAUUGUGCUGUGAGAACUAGUAAUAAGUGUAUGCUACUGGACUGGCAAACUCAAGUACGUAACGAUAGUACAUGAUAGAUUGUAAAUAGUGUAUAGACGGCUGCAGUGAAAUUUACUGAUUACGAUUUCAACGAAUUCCCAUUGAAUUGUAGGAUUAUGCGCUAGUAAUAGUGACAGCAGCGUUGACAACAAGGACGGUUAUACAAAUCAAAAGUGUUUUGUACGAGAUUAAAACGUUACAUAAAUGUGGUAAAACUGUGACGUAUAUGCAUAUGUUAUGUAUAAAAAUUAUAUGUAAGAUUUAUAAAUGUGACUGUCGGUCGAGAAAGAUAAAUCAAUCUUGUUGUAUAUGAAUUGUAUGAACCAGUACUAUUCAUUCAUUCGAUUUGUACGUUACCAUCGGGCUAAACUUUAUUUCAUUGAGUAGGCAAUAGGUGCAAUUAACCGCAACUCUGUAUCACUGCCUAGGUUUGUAUAGUUCGCGUAAGAUUAAUUAAUUUAUGUGUAAGUGCGUGUGUCUUAGUCUUAUCUCCUUACCCCUGGUCCACAACCUUACUUUAAGCUUUAAGCCGUAAGAAAAUUAACCAAUCACAGAAGAAUAUGUAGAGAAUAAUCGACUGUGUUUGGUCAUUUUCUUACGGUUUAAAGUUUAAAGCAAGCUUAAAGCAAGGUUGUGGACCAGGGGUUACAUUGUGAUUGACCGAUGACUGUGCACUGUGGCGAUUAAACGAUUAAGCCGUUUU